AUGAGCUCCAGUCUGGUCAACUCUCUUGCCAAGGUGUACGACCCCAACCCUCUUCACGGUCAGAAACUGGCCGGGACCAAGCUGAUACGUGCACCCACUGGACCUGACAAACAACCCCUCACACCAUCCUCACCCUCUUCCUCCUCCUUCUCCUCCUCCUCUUCUCCGGCAAUUGCUCCAUGGUGCGUUGAGACUGAAAGCCGCAUGGACUCUCUAAGCAGCCAGAUGGAGCGUCUGCUUAACCUCCAGGAGACCGUCCUCACCCGGCUGGACAGCCUGUCCCAGGACCUGGGGGGUGUGGGGCGGGAGGUGGCCUCUCUCCGGGCCGGGGCCUGGGGGUCGGCUGGAGGUCUGGGCCAGACCCAGGGUAAGACCCAGAUCCAGGGGGUGGAGGUGGAGGGUCAGGCCCAGGAGGUGACUGCGGCCUGCAGGGUGCUCCAGGGGGUGGUGCAGGAGGCCAGCCAGCGGGUGGAGCAGCAGGGGCAGAGGCUGGAGGGAGUGGAGAGGUUGGUGGAGGGCAUGCAUCAGGUCAUCGGUUUCAUCGGAGAGGUGGUGAAAAGCUCCCUGCUGGCUGAGCUGCUGUUUAAUAAGCCUGGAGGCUGUAAAGUGGCUAAGACCAAGCAAGCCAGGAAGGUGAGUUUGUAUGGGACACUACACACACCACACGCCCUGAGGAAGCCAUUAACUGAAAUGUAUGCCAGUGUGUGGUGUAUGAAGACAUGUUGCUAUGAAAGAAAAUGUAAAGCUUCAAUUGUAAAUCAUAAUCAAGUGAGUGCUGACCCUUUUUUCCAUUUUUAUAUUGAAUCCAGGGCUCUGUAUCUUAAUAUCAGGGCUGACACUCCAUUGCUGGUCCUCUUUGUAUCUUGAUCAGAGGCUUUGCUAGGUUGUAGUUGUAUAUGCUAGCUUGAAUCACCACUCAAAAUGUUGAAUGUCCAUAAUCAGCCCUGGUCAUAUCAGAUACACAGCAGUGGAGAGAACUAUAGUAUCUGUAAAAUGAGACAAAUAAUUUGUCUCUGAGAGUUACGAUUAGGGUUCCUUAGCAUUAUGUGGGCUAAAUUCACAGUGAAGGAGUCUAGAAGUCAUAGAGACUGAGCCAGACAUUUAUAGAGGAGAAUUGUGUUAGUGGAUAACUCUCUGAAUGUGUGAAAUGACUCCACAUGAUUCAUCAGUCUACCAGCUGGACAGUUGGCUUUGUGGAGGCAUCUCAACAUAUCCAGCAUGGCUAACACUGUGCAUGUUAGCCAUGCUUAGUCAUGUAACUAUCCUUCAACCAUUGUAUGGAGGGCGUAUGGAUGUACUAUUCUCAAGGCUGGGAUAAUAUUGCCCAACCCUAGAACUAAAGGCAACUGAAGCCCUUGUGGGGAUUUUAGAUGACUGGUGUCGAUUUUAUUAGCGGCCAACAUAUUUUGGGUUUAACAAAUGUCGAACCAAGUACCAUGUGUGUCUGUAUUCUUUGUGCUUAUGUAUUCAGGCUACAUAUUGACAUUGUGUGUUUAUCGUUGUGUGUCUGUACGUUUGUGUGAACUGAACAAUACUGUACUCUUUGUAUGUGUGUGUGAGUGUGCGUACAUGAGUCUAUGCGUGUGUGUGAGUUUAAGUGUGUGUGCGUGUGUUGAGGUACCGGUAUCAUUUAUACCUGCUUUCUGCUGAUUCAGUAGCUCUGGUUGGGCCAUGGCAUGUACCCCUGCAAUGGAUAGCAGCCGUUUUACGGGCUCCUGACAAAUUCUGCUAUUUUGUGUGUUUUUUUGCGCUGAUCGUAACUUUUCUUUUUUGCAUUAUGUUUCUGACAUUGUUUCCUAUGACCGAAAAGAGCUUCUGGACAUCAGAACAUAUACAUUUACAUUUUAGUCAUUUAGCAGACACUCUUAUCCAGAGCGACUUACAGUUAGUGAAUACAUUAUUAUUUUUUUAUACUGGCCCCCCGUGGGAAUCAAACCCACAACCCUGGCGUUGCAAACGCCAUGCUCUAUCAACUGAGCUACAUCCCUGCCGGCCAUUCCCUCCCCUACCCUGGACGACGCUGGGCCAAUUGUGCACCGCCCAUGAGUCUCCCGGUCGCGGCCGGCUGCGACAGAGACUGGAUUCGAACCAGGAUCUCUAGUGGUACAGUUAGCACUGCGAUGCAGUGCCUUAGACCACUGCGCCACUCAGGAGUCUAGUGAUCACUAACCUCAAUUUGGAUGAAGAUUUCGACUUCAACGAGUCAGAGGCGCAGGACAUACUGCUCAACCCGGACCAGGCCCUAAUCACCAAGACUCGGAAGAGAAAAAGGCGGUGAAAGAGAGGCCGAUGUGAAGGCACCCUGAUGAAAAUAGAUUGGCGAAUACAUAAUCCGCCUCUACCCUCCAUUCUAUUGGUGAACAUACAAUCACUGGAGAACAAACUGGACGUGCUCCGUUUCGAGACUAUCCUAUAAACAGAACCUGAAGAGUUGUAAUAUCCUAUGUUUCUCGGAGUCGUGGCUGAACAAGGACAUGUUUAAUAUACUGUACAUCUAGCUGGUUUUUCUAUUCAUCGGCAGGACAGAACGGCAGCGUCGGGUAAGCUCAAGGGGAGAGGUGUGUGUCUCUUUGUUAACAGCAGCUGGUGCGCAAUCUCUAAUAUUAAGGAAGUCUCGAGGUUCUGCUCGCCUGAGUUAGAAUUCCUCAUGAUAAGCUGUAGACCAUACUAUAACAAGAGAGUUUCCAUCUAUAUUUUUUGUAGCUGUCUAUUCACCGCCAUGAACCACAUACAAGUAGCGGUAUAGGGCCAUAAGCAAACAAGAAAAUGCUCAUCCAGAGGCGCUCCUAGUGGCCGGUGAUUUUAAUGCAAGGAAACUGAAAUCCGUCUUACUUAAUUUCUACCAACAUUUCUGCAACUAGAAGCGAAAAAACUAUAGAUCACCUUUACUCCACACACAGAAACACAUACAAAGCUCUCCCUCGCUCUCCAUUUGUCAAAUCUGACCAUAACUCUAUCCUCUUGAUUCCUGCAUACAAGCAAAAACUCAAACAGGAAGUACUAUGUUCCGAGAUUGAUCCGAUGGCAUUGAGGAAUUUACCACAUCAGUGAUUAUACUGUACAUACAUAUCCCAACCAGAAGUAAUGGUUUACAGGUAACAUCCGCACUGAGUUAAAGGCUAGAGCUGACGCUUUCAAGGAGCGGGACACUAAUCCGGAUGCUUAUAAGAAAUCCUGCUACGCGCUCCGACAAACCAUCAUGCAGACAGAGCGUCAAUACAGGACUAAGAUCGAAUCCUACUACACCGGCUCAGACGCUCAUCGAAUGUGGUAGGGCUUGCAAACUAUCACGAAUUACAAAGGCAAACCUAAACACAAGCUGCCCAGUGACGUGAGCCUACCAGAUGAGCUAACUGCCUUCUAUGCUCACUUCAAGGCAAGCAACACUGAACCAGCUCUUCCGGACGACUGUGUGAUCACGCUCUCCAUAGCCAAUGUGAGUAAGACCUUUAAACAGGUUAACAUUCACAAGGCUGCAGGGCCAGACGGAUUAACAGGAUGUGUACUCAGAGCAUGCGUUGACCAGCUGGCCAGUGUCUUCACUGAUAUUUUCAAACAGACCACCAUAGUCCCUGUGUCCAAGAACGCCAAGGUACUAUCGCACCAUAGCACUCACAUCUGUAGCCAUGAAAUGCUUUGAAACUCAUGGCUCACAUGAACACCAUCAUCCCAGCCUCUCCCUCAGCGCAGCAAGACAAAGGAGCUGUUCAUGGACUACAGGAAACUAAGGAUCUAUCAUGGUCUACACACACCAACACAGUGAAGAAGAGGGCACUACAAUGCCUCUUCCCCCUCGGAUCCUCAAACCGUUAUACAGCACAUAAUUAGUUGCAUGGAUUCACUAUGUGUGCAAUAAUAGUGUUUAACAUAAUUUUUUAUGACUACCUCAUCUCUGUACCCCACACAUACAAUUAUCUGUAAGGUCCAUCAGUCGAAUUUCAACCACAAAAACCAGGGAGUCCAAUGCCUCACAAAGAAGGGCAUCUAUUGGUAGAUGGGUAAAAAAAAAGCAGACAUUGAAUAUCCCUUUGAGCAUGAAGUUAUAAAUUACACUUUGGAUGGUGAAUAAUACACCCAGUCACUACAAAGAUACAGAAGUCCUUCCUAACUCAGUUGCCGGAGAGAAGGAAACCACUCAGGGAUUUCUCCAUGAGGCCAUUGGUGACUUUAAAACAGUUACUGAGUUUAAUCUCUGUGAUAGGAGAAAACUGAGGACGGAUCAACAAAAUUGUAGUUACUCCACAAUACUAACCUAAUUGACAGAGUGCAACGAAGGACAUUUGUACAGAAUACAAAUAUUCCAAAACAUGCAUCUGGUUUGCAACAAGGCACUAAAGUAAUUUCUGCAUAAAAUCUGCCAAAGCAAUUACCUUUUUGUCCUGAAUACAAAGUGUUAUGUUUGGGGCAUAUCCAAUACAACACAGUACUGAAUAUCACUCUCCAUAUUUUCAAGCAUAGUGGUGGCUGCUUCGUGUUAUGAGUAUGCUUGUAAUCGUUAAGGAGACUAGGGAGUUUUCCAGGAUUAAAAAGAAAGGAAAUGGAGCAAAGCAUAGGCAAGAUCCUAGAGGAAAACCUGGUCCAGUCUGCUUUCCACCAGACACUGGGAGAGUAAUUCACCUUUCAGAAGGACAAUAACCUAAAACACAAGGCCAAAUCUGCACUGGAGAUGCUUACCAAGAAGACCGUGAAUGUUCCUGAGUGGCUGAGUUACAGUUUUGACUUCACUCUGCUUGAAAAUCUAUGGCAAGACCUGAAAAUGGUUCUCUAGCAAUGAUCAACAACCAAUUUCGCAGCUUGAAGAAUAUUGAAAAUAAUAAUGGGCAAAUGUUGCACAAUCAAGGUGUGGAAAGCUCUUGGAGACUUACCCAGAAAGACCCACAGCUGUAAUCACUGCCAAAGGUGAUUCUAACAUGUAUUGACUCAGUGGGUUGAAUAUUUAUCUAAUCAAGAUACAGUGGCUUGCGAAAGUAUUCACCCCCCUUGGCAUUUUUCCUAUUUUGUUGCCUUACAACCUGGAAUUAAGAUGGAUUUUUUGGGGUUUGUAUCAUUUGAUUUACACAACAUGCCUAUUUUUUUAUUGUGAAACAAACAAGAAAUAAGACCAGAAAACAGAAAACUUCAGCGUGCAUAACUAUUUACCCCCCCAAAGUCAAUACUUUGUAGAGCCACCUUUUGCAGCAAUUACAGCUGCAAGUCUCUUGGGGUAUGUCUCUAUAAGCUUGGCACAUCUAGCCACUGGGAUCUUUGCCCAUUCUUCAAGGCAAAACUGCUCCAGCUUCUUCAAGUUGGUUGGGUUCCGCUGGUGUACAGCAAUCUUUAAGUCACACCACAGAUUCUCAAUUGGAUUGAGGUCUGGGCUUUGACUAGGCCAUUCCAAGACAUUUAAAUGUUUCCCCUUAAACCACUCAAGUGUUGCUUUAGCAGUAUGCUUAGGGUCAUUGUCCUGCUGGAAGGUGAACCUCCGUCCCAGUCUCAAAUCUCUAGAAGACUGAAACAGGUUUCCCUCAAUAAUUCCCCUGUAUUUAGCACCAUCAUUCCUUAAAUUCUGACCAGUUUCCCAGUACCUGCUGAUGAAAAACAUCCCCACAGCAUGAUGCUGCCACCACCAUGCUUCACUGUGGGGAUAGUGUUCUCCUGAUGAUGAAGAGGUGUUGGGUUUGCGCCAGACAUAGCCUUUUCCGUGAUGGCCAAAAAGCUCAAUUGUAGUAUCAUCUGUCCAGAGUACCUUCUUCCAUAUGUUUGGUGAGUCUCCCACAUUCCUUUUGGCGAACACCAAAUGUGUUUGCUUAUUUAUUUAUUUAAGCAAUGGCUUUUUUCUGGCCACUCUUCCGUAAAGCCCAGCUCUGUGGAGUGUACGGCUUAAAGUGGUCCUAUGGACAGAUACUCCAAUCUCCACUCUGGAGCUUUGCAGCUCCUUCAGGGUUAUCUUUGGUAUCUUUGUUGCCUCUCUGAUUAAUGCCCUCCUUGCCUGGUUCGUGAGUUUUGGUUGGCGGCCCUCUCUUGGCAGGUUUGUUGUGGUGCCAUAUUCUUUCAAUGUUUUAAUAAUGGAUUUAAUGGUGCUCCGUGGGAUGUUCAAAGUUUCUGAUAUUUUUUUGGAUUUGGAAUGGAUUUAAGGGUGCCCAACCCUGAUCUGUACUUCUCCACAACUUUGUCCCUGACCUGUUUGGAGAGCUCCUUGGUCUUCAUGGUGCCGCUUGCUUGGUGGUGCCCCUUGCUCAGUGGUGUUGCAGACUCUGGCCUUUCAGAACAGGUGUAUAUAUACUGAGAUCAUGUGACAGAUCAUGUGACACUUAGAUUGCACACAGGUGGACUUUAUUUAACAAAUUAUUUGACUUCUGAAGGUAAUUGGUUGCAGCAGAUUUUAUUUAGGGACUUCAUAGCAAAGGGGGUGAAAUACAUAUGCAUGUACCACUUUUCCGUUAUUUAUUUUGUAUCAUUAUUUUUACCAAGUUAUUUUUUCAUUUCACUUCACCAAUUUGGACUAUUUUGUGUAUGUCCAUUACAUGAAAUCCAAAUAAAAAUCAAUUUAAAUUACAGGUUGUAAUGCAACAAAAUAGGAAAAACGCCAAGGGGGAUGAAUACUUAUGCAAGCACUAGUAGUGAUUAGUGAUUUAUGUUUCAUGAAGUUUUUACAAAUGUUCAAAUUUUUCUUUCACUUUGACAUUACAGAGUAUUUUAUGUAGAUCGUUGACAAAGAUAUGGCAAUUAAAUCCAUUUGAAUCCAAUUUUUAACACAACAAAAUAGAAAAGUCAAGGGGUGUGAAUACUUUCUGUAGAGACUGUAUACUUCCAUUCAUUUUCUAAACUGGUACCGGGCUACCUUCAGGCGAGUCUUGUGAGGCUUGUGUGUGUCCUGGAGCAAAACAAGACUCACCUUUCCAUAGAGGGUUCAUAUUAGUGUGUAGCCCAAACUGUUUGGACGCUACAGACAGAAGUUGGCAGAUCGGCGGUAUUGACUUCAGAGGAGUCCCGUGAUACAGACGUUUUCGUGAGAAGACCGAUUUUCGGGAUGUCUUCUGGUCUGACAAACACCGCUGUAGCUCGGCCACCUUCUAACUGAUAUCUCUAGCUUAAACAGACAGAUUUUGAUGGGGAUUUCUCCAGUUUGCAAUGAAAGUUUAAUGUUUCUAUGCCUCCUCUCUCCCUGUCAGCUAAAGGACAAUGGGAUGAGGGAUGGGAAGGACAAGGCCAAACUCAGCCUGAAGUGCCUGAAAGCCCAGAAGAAGAAGCCUCCAGAUGCAUCAGGUAGCAGAGAUAGACACACCAACUUCACCUCAACUAAAUAAAUGUAAAUGAAAUAGAGCAGGAGUGCUCUUUGGUAAUACAUGUCCAAUGAAGGGUGCUCUUUGAAAAUAAGGAUGAUCGUUCCAGGUAAAUAAAGAUGUUGAUGGGGUGAAUCUAACCCAAAGCAUGAUGUUGUCUUUUCUGUUUGUCCAUCCUCAGACUCUGUAGAGGCCCUCCUUCUAGACCAGGUAGAGAAGCUCAACAGGCAGAAUGCUGAGCGUUCCCAUGGUAAUGGGGUGGUCCUGGACAUGCCCCGCGCCCUCGUCGUACAACCAGAGGACCUGGAGGAUCUAGAGGGGAAGGAGGAGGAGAAGAGGAAAACCCCUGAGCAGGAGGAAGAGCAGAGGGCCAGGGAGGAAGAGGAAGAGGAGGGUGAUAUAUUUGGUGAAUCUGAACCUGAGGAAGAGGAGGGAGGAGAGGAAGGGGCACUGAAGAUUAAGGUGGAGCACGUUCAAGAGGAAGACUUGGAGAAUAGAAGGGAAGGAGGGGAGAAAGAGUCAUCAGAACCUCUAGAAAGGUACCUUUCGACACUCAACCCAUCUUAUGACAUUACUAUGACUGCAAAUCUCAACUUCUGUAUACGUUUACCAAAAUAACUACUGGCUAAUUACUUAACACAAUUGAUAGUUGUUUUGAUAUUUGUUUGAUGUUUGUUUGUUAUUUAGUUCUGAGGAGUUAGGUGAAGUGGCUGCCAGCAGUAAACGUGGCGUCAAAGAGGAGUAUUUGUUGAAAGACGACUUAAAAAAGAGUCGAGUGGAGGACAGGAAAGAGGCGGAGGAGGAGGAAGGAGGAGUUCCUGAGGGGGCAGAGCUUCAGGCUGCCCAAUCAGAGGCAGAGAAGACGGAGCAGGAAGAGGAGGUGGAUAAUGGACAGCCAAAAGAGUACAUCAUUGGUGAGGUUCAUUAUUUUGCAGAAUGGGAAACUGACAAAAGUUUGAAAACAAAGCUAAUUUUGAGUUUUUUUGCCAUUGUGGCAACAUUCCUAAAAUAAAAUAAGGUAUUGAGAUAUCUUCUGUAAAUGAAGUGAAGUAUCUUCAUAUUACCUUGUAUGGGCAAGCAGGCUGAUAAACAUUAAGAAAUCCUAUCUACUACUGUCUUUCUAGUUAGGGACAUUAGACUUUCAGUCACUCACACUACAGGUCACUUUACUUAAAGGGAUACUUCGGGAUUCAUCUGACUCUACUUCCCCAGAGUCAGAUGAACUCGUGGAUACGAUGUUUAUGUCACUGUGUCCAGAAUGAAGGAAGUUAAAGGUAGUUUCAAGAGCCAAUGCUAACUAGCGUUUGCGCAAUGACUGGAAGUCUAUGGGUAUCUACUAGUAUGCUAGUAGAUACCUAUAACUUCCAGACAUUGCGCUAACGCUAGUUAGCAAUUGCGCUAGUGCUAGUUAGCAACUACCUUCAAACUGCACGCAAAGACAUAGAAAUGGUAUCCACGAGUUCAUCUGACUCUGGGGAAGUAGAUAAAAGGCCUCAUUGACAAAAUCCCGAAGUAUCCCUUUAACACUAUGCAUGUAUGAAGUUCACGAACAUGACACAGCUGGCAUAUUGGAUUAUGAAAUGCUGGCAUGACACCAUAUGAUCUGUUUGGUUACUAAGACAGAACAGACACUAAUCUAUCUUCUGUAUGCUCCUCCCUAUCCUCGCUUCUGUCCCCUCACUCCCUUUCUGGCCAUCUAUAUCCCUUAUCCCUUAUCCCUCUCCUUUCCUCCAUCUCUCUCUUCUCUCCAGACUCUAGCCCUCCGCCAGCAGCCCCCUUUGACCACCGCAUCGUGACUCCUAAACCUCACCAGGUUACUACCUUCUACACCAUUAACAGAGAGGAGGUCCUAGGAGGGUGAGUCGUGAGGAGAGAGAGAGAGAGAGAGAGAGAGAGAGAGAGAGAGAGAGAGAGAUAGAGAGAGAGAGAGAGAGAGAGAGAGAGAGAGAUAGAGAGAGAGAUAGAGAAGAGAGAGAGGAGAGAGAGAGAGAGAGAGAGAGAGAGAGAGAGAGAGAGAGAAUGGCAGGCCCAGGCAGGGGACUCAUAAUACACUCACAGUUCAAUUAGACCCUCAAACACACGCUACACUGAAACCCCAACCUCAGCUCUCAUAACACCACAGUCAGGCCAUUUAUUUUUACUCCACGGUAUGUGAAACACACACACACACACACGCACACUCCCCCCCAGCUGUAAUGAUAUCAGGGGAAAUCUCAUACCUGUGGUGGGGCCAGUUACAGUAUUUUCCAGAGCUGUUCUAAUUGCCCCCUCAAUGGCAGAUGAUUAGACGGCUCAGGGGGCAUUUAUUACGCAAUGACAGAGUGUGUGUGUGUGUGUGUGUGUGUGUGCGCAUGCAGUGGUGGAAAAAGUACCCAAUUGUCAUACUUGAGAAAAAGUAAAGAUACCUUAAUAGAAAAUGACUCAAGUAAAAGUGAAAGUCACCCAGUAAACUACUUGAGUAAAAGUAUACAAUUAUUUGGUUUAAAAUAUACUUAAGAAUCAAAAGUAAAAGUAUAAAUCAUUUUAAAUUCCUUAUAUUAAGCAAGCCAGACGUCACAAUUUUCUUGUUUUUAAAAAUAACGGAUAGCCAGAGGCACACUCCAACAUGCAGACAUAAUUUAGUGAGUCCAUCAGAUCAGAGGCAGUAGGGAUGACCAGGAUUUUCCAGGACAGGAAAAUUGAAUUUGACAAUUUUCCUGUCCUGCUAAGCGUUUAAAAUGUAACGAGUACCUUUCGGUGUCAGGGAAAAUGUAUGGAGUAUAAAGUAAAAAAUUUUCUUUAAGAAUGUGGUGAAGUAAAAGUAAAAGUAGUCCAAAAUAUAAUAGUAAAGUACAGAUACCCCAAAAAAACAACCUAAGUUGUACUUUGAACAAUUUUUUACUUAAGUACUUUACACCACUGUGUGUGUGUGUGUGUGUGUGACAGGUGUCUCUGAAGCAACCAGCCAACCAGAAAGUGUUAAACCCAGGCUCUGUAUCUGUUGAUUACUGUAUUACUGCUCUGCACGCUAACACAUCUCCCAGAUAGCUGCAAUAGUGACACAUAAUUCAUAUUACUGAUUGACGUCAUUACAGAGAGAGAGUGCGUUUGCCAUGCCAUGCCUACGCCCUACAAUGACAACCCCAAAAGCCUGAUAUAGAAAAGGAAACAUUACUAUAAAGUUAUUACUGUACUAUCCUUAGCUUAGCCUAGACAAAAAGAACAGGGUGUCCCGAAGCAUCACUGUUUAUGAAUGUGUUUCUCUGUAUGUGACUUUGGGUUCAUAGGGGACGUUUUGGACAAGUCCAUAAAUGCGUAGAGAACUCUUCUGGACUGAAGUUGGCUGCCAAGAUUAUCAAAGCCAAGAGCCAGAAAGAGAAGGUAAAGACCUUGAUCUAAAUAUUAGACCUGAAAUAUAUACUUUAAAAUAGGCCUCCCAGGUAUACAUUUCAGACAUUGAUAGCAUAUGCCUUGUAGAAUGUGUGUGUCCCAAAUGACACCCUAUUCACUACCUAGUGCACUACUUUUGAUUAGGGCCCUGGUCAAAAGUAAUGCUCUACAUAGGGAAUAUGGUGCCAUUUGGAAAGAAGCCAUUGAUAUCAGUUGUACAGUAUGUGUCCAAUGUCCCCACCAUGAAGAUGGAUGGAUAUUUUAUCAUAGCACAACGCCAUAAAGAAUAGAAUAACAUUUUUAAAUAGAUAUAGCUUAAUCACCCUAAUACCCACGGCACAUGUGGCAAUAUGUCAGUCAGUCUCAUCUCAGCUUAGUGUGACAUGUGAGAUGAGAUAGCCGUCAGAUGUCUGUGGCAGUGCAUAGCUGAAUGAUUACGUUAUCAUUUUAGAUAUUCAUAAAGUGUAGUUAGCCUACCAAAACCAGGGUCAAAGCCGUAACUGGCUCAGGUUUCUGUGUGGUACUGUAGGUCUCAAUAACGGACCACGCUGGGGUUGUGUGUCUGUGUGUCUGUGUGUCUGUCUGUGUGUCUGUCGAUCUAAUGUUUAAUGUAUUGGCCUGUUUCCCAGGACGUGGUGAAGAAUGAGAUCCAGGUGAUGAACCAGCUGAAUCAUGCCAACCUGAUCCAGCUCUACGCUGCCUUCGAGUCACGCCACGACAUCAUCCUCGUCAUGGAAUAGUGGGUCCCCCUCUCUCUCUCUUUCUCUCUGUGUAUAUACAGGUAUAUAUAUGUAUAUGUGUGUGUGUAUUCAUGAGUUUGCGUCUGUGGCCUUCGAAAUGUUUGAAUCCUUUUGAAGAUUCAAAUAAAGUAUCUAAAGUGUGUGUAUUUCUCCUCUUUGCGCUACACCGUAUCUCACCUCUCCAUAUUCCUGUGUGUGAUGGUAUCUCUCUCCGCUCUUCCACCUAGAAUGUGUGUGACUGUAUUUCUCACUUCUAUACAGUGUGGAUGGUGGGGAGCUGUUUGACCGGAUCAUAGAUGAGAACUACAACCUGACAGAGCUAGACACGGUGCUGUUCAUCCGACAGAUCUGUGAGGGACUACAGUACAUGCACAAGAUGUACAUCUUACAUCUAGACCUCAAGGUAUAUGACUCACUCUCUAGGUCUUCAUUUGUUAUUCAAAUCAAAUCAAAUUCUAUUUGUCACAUGCGCCGAAUACAACCUUACCGUGAAAUGCUUACUUACGAGCCCUUAACCAACAAUGCAGUUCAAGAAAUAGAGUUAAGAAAAGAUUUACAAAAUAAACAUAAAAAAAAAAUAAAAAAAAAUAACGAGGCUAUAUACAGGGGGUACCAGUACCGAGUCAAUGUGCGGGGGUACAGGUUAGUUGAGGUAAUUUGUACAUGUAGGUAGGGAUAAAGUGACUAUGCAUAGAUAAUAAACAGCGAGUAGCAGCAGUGUAAAAACAAAGGGGGGGGGGGGGGGGGGGGGGGGGGGGGGGGGACUGUUACAGGAGGGGGUUAGAGUUCCGGAGCAACCCACUAGGUGUCAUCCUCCGACAACCUUAGGCACCUCCUUUUUCACAGUCUGGACUAAUCAUUAUACUAUUGGUGUCACCUGUGUCUACCUGUUAACCUGUGUAUUUAUGCCCUCACUUCCCUGUGUUCCCUUGCUCAGUUUUCUCUGCUAGUUUCUCUAUGUCCAGCAGUACUACUCAGUGUCUGAUCGGAGACCUAUGUACAGGUACUUGAGAAGUGUUCUCCCUGUUUGGUUAUUUGUUUCAGUCAUUGGUAGUAUUUCGUAUUUUGGCUGUCAGCCGGUUUUUGGAGACUUAUUUGCUCCGCCUUUCUUUUAUCGUGAUAAGUCUGUUAUUUUGUAUUCUGGCUUCGGGACCACCAGUAAAGAUCUUUGUUUCACCAUCUCUGCCUACUGCCUACUGUAUAUCCUGCACCGCACCUGGGUCACACCUCACACCAACCCUUACAGGGGGCUCAGUGUAAAUAGUCAGGGUGGCCAUUUGAUUAAUUGUUCAGCAGUCUUAUGGAUUGGGGUUAGAAGCUGUUAAGGAGCCUUUUGGACCUAGACUUGGCACUCCGGUACUGCUUGCUGUGCGGUAGCAGAGAAAAUAGUCUAUGAGUUGGGUGACUGGAGUCUUUGACAAUUUUUUGGGCCUUCCUCUGACACCGUCUAGUAUAUAAGUCCUGGAUGGUCGGAAGCUUGGCCCCAGUGAUGUACUGGGCGGUACGCACUAACCUCUGUAGCGCCUUACAGUCAGAUGCCGAGCAGUUGCCUUACCAGGAGGUGAUGCAACCGGUAAGGAUGCUCUCGAUGGUGCAGCUGAAUAACUUUUUGAGGAUCCAUCUCUUUCCCAUUUUCUCCUCUGCCUAUUUCUCUUUCUUGAUUACCUUGCCUGUAUCACCACCUUUCUGUCAUCGUCUUAGAAUAGGUAGCUAGUUUCUUUGUCUCACUCUUUUGUGUUCUUUCCUAGCCGGAGAACAUUCUGUGUGUGAGCAGAGCUACAAACAAGAUCAAAAUAAUUGACUUUGGGCUUGCAAGAAGGUAAGAUACAAAUAUAUACAGUACCAUACAACAUUUUCGACACAACUACUCAUUUAAGGGUUUUUAUUUUUGUGCAAAGCUGUUAUCAAGGCAAAGGGUGGCUGCUUUGAAGAAUCUCAAAUAUAAAAUAUAUGUUGAUUUGUUUAACACUUUUUUGGUUACUACAUGAUUCCAUAUGUGUUAUUUCAUAGUUCUGAUGUCUUCACUAUUAUUAUACAAUGUAGAAAAUAGUAAAAAUAAAGAAAAACCCUUGAACGAGUAGGUGUGUCGAAACAUUUGACUGGUACUGUAUAUAUGGUCUAUUUCUCUGUCUCUCUUUAGGUGCAUUCUCUACACGUGUUUACCACUCUUCUCUCCUCAUUCCCUCCUCUAUCCCUGUCUCAGGUAUAAGCCCAGGGAAAAAUUGAGGGUUAAUUUUGGAACGCCGGAAUUCCUAGCUCCGGAAGUCAUCAACUAUGAAUUUGUUUCAUUCCCUACGGACAUGUGGAGUCUGGGGGUCAUCACAUACAUGCUGUGAGUCCUCAUAAACAACAUUUACAUUAUCAUACUCACAUUCAGUACACAAGCUACCUACCCUAAGAUGUGGAUGGGUGACAUCAAAAAUACACUACAGCGACAUGGUUCUAACUCAAUGUGCUGUCCCCUAAAUAACACUAUUCAAAGGAAACCAGCUCCCGCACAACGGGGCAUGCAUGGUAUUAAUAGCUAACAUUUCAGCCUCCUAGCCUUUUGUCAGAGCUUUUUGGAUCACUUAUCCUCACAGUCAUCACUGUGUCUCACCUCUCUCGCUGUGCCUCCAGGCUGACUGGUCUGUCUCCAUUCCUGGGUGACGAUGACAAUGAGACUCUGAACAACAUCCUGGCCUGUCAGUGGAACUUUGAGGAGGAGGAGUUUACAGACAUCUCUGAGGAGGCCAAAGACUUCAUCACACGCCUGCUGGUCAAGAGCAAUAGGUGAAAAUUACUGUGUGUUACUUUGUGUGUGUGUGUUCUCUAAGGUUGUAUUAUUAUUCAGUUGUUGACCUGUGUAUCGCUGUGAUAGUGUGUGUUUCAAUCAUGCAUGUGUGUUUGUGGGUGUGUUCCCUAGUUGGAGGAUGAGUGCCUCACAGUCACUGAAACAUUCCUGGCUGUCGGACCGUAAUCUUCACUACCGCCUGCAUCAGAAGGUAGAACCCACAUAG